AUGAAAGCAGAGAUGAGCAACUAUUCUGAUGCCUUUAUUGCUUUGCCAGGAGGUUAUGGAACUCUUGAAGAGCUUUUUGAAGUGAUUAGUUGGGCACAAUUAGACAUACAUAACAAACCAAUUCGUUUGCUAAAUGUUGAUGGAUAUUAUAACUCGCUGCUUUCAUUCAUCGACAAAGUUCUACAGGAAGGGUUCAUCAACCCAGCUGAACGACAGAUCAUCAUCUCUUCUUCAAAUGCAAAGGAACUGAUUGAGAAUCUCGAAGAAUAUUCCCACAGCAUGAACAAGUUGCAACAAAACUAA